GAGGAACUGAGAAUCAUCUGGUUCUGGUGGACCUGAGGCCUCAGGGGAUGGACGGAGCGCGGGCCGAGCGGGUUCUAGAGCUGGUGUCCAUCACGGCCAACAAGAACACCUGCCCUGGAGACAAGAGCGCACUGACCCCCGGCGGCCUGAGACUCGGAUCCCCUGCUCUCACGUCCCGUCAGUUCAAGGAGUCUGACUUCCAGCAGGUGGUGGAUUUCUUCGAUCAGGGCAUCAAGAUCGCUCUGGACGUCAAGAAGAAGACCAGUGAGUACAGACUCGGAGAUCUGCUGUGACCGUGUGUUUCUGCUCAGCCAUGGGCUGUUAUU